CACGACCACUUGCAAUACCCCGCCGAAGCCAUAGAGGACGGCGCCACCUGUCCGCAAAAGAUCACAAAGACCGGGAAGAAGCUUGGUUGUCACCGCCUUGUUUCCGUGACUCUACAGAAAGUGCACCUGCUGCACCGAGAUUCCCGCCCGUGCCGUCAGAAGCCAGGCUAUAGCAGUAGGGUGUGUCGCGUCACCUGCCUGCAUGAGUACGUCCUACGGCACCACGGAUGCAAACUGCCGUACAUGCUGGGCAAAGGACGAGUGUGUCAGUCUGAAGAGGAGGUGAAACGCGUGUCCUCGGCCGUCUAUCAGUUGUAUGACAAGGGCCAGUUCAAUCACACCGCCGCCUGCGACUGCCCUCCCGCCUGCGACCUCAACAUCUACCGCAGCAGCACCGACACCACGUGGAACUCCCAGCGGAACUCCAUCGUGAAGGUGUUCUUGGAGGCGACUCAGAACGAGCGCGUGGUGGAGUCCUACAGCUACCCCGUCCCGGCCCUCGUCAGCCACAUAGGGGGCUUCAUGGGCCUCUUCCUCAGCGCCUCCAUCCUCACCUUCCAACAGCUGCUUGAAAUCCUCCUCCUCAACGCCUACGCCCUCGCCGUCUGGGUGCUGAAAGGCUGCAUGCUGAGCAGGAAGCGGAGGCACCUCAAGCUAUUAGUGCUGCGGCAUUUUGAAAAGUGGCAAUAG